AUGCCUCAUAAACAGAAGAAGAAUUUCAACAAUGCCCCCAAGAUUGGCUCUCCUCGAGCGGAGAGGAAAAAGCUCUCCCCAGAUGCCUCGGCCUUUGCGCCCAUAGUAGCCCCCACCAAUUACCAGGAGAUUCACCAGAACGAAGUGGAAGCUCUGCGCUCCAUCUAUGGCGAUGAUUUCGAAGAAGUUGCCCAUAGGCGCUCCGCCUGGCAGCAAUCUUCCGAGCUCGUUUUUAAGCUUCAUCUCCGCGCGAUGUCCAAUCCUGAUGUACACCUCGAGUUGCUGGUCGAGCUUCCGACCACCUACCCCAAGACCGUACCCAACCUGACGCUGGAGAAUGUAGACAACUUGCGCCAAGGGGCUCGAUCGAGAAUCCAAGAUAUUGUUCGCACGAAACCCAAGACCCUCCUGGGCUCCGAAAUGAUCUACGAACUGGCCGUGUCCAUCCAGGACGUCCUCGAAGACCUGGCGGAGGCGCAAGCGCAGGACAGAGAUCUGCCAAGUCUUGAAGAAGAACGGAUGGAGCAGGAAGCUGCGGCCAAUCAACGAGCCGAACUCGAGCGACAAGAAGAACUGCGUAAACAGGAGGCGGCUACCGCGGAGGAAGAACGGGCAUUGCAGCAGCUGCUCGAGGAUAGGCUCAGGGAGCGGACAAAGUUGUCGCGUCGGAAAAGUCGCACGCCUGGGUUGGAUCCAAAUGGAGACUCGGAUGGCGUGACGCAAGUCGCAGGCGCCAUCACCUUCGAUCCACCCCUCGUCUUGACGGAACCCGGUCAGGAUCCGUUGUUCUUCAGAGCCGUGUCCGGAAAGUCACUGUUGAAAAGCCGUCAGUACAAAGAAACAUGUACCGUGAGACCCAUCCCUUCCGACAACCGCGCUCAUGCGCCGCUCUUGGUGCUCAAAGAAAUGUCUCUCGAUCAAAAGGGCGUGGACCCUCUGACCUUCCGGGAGAAGAUGCGGUUGAGCGAGGAUAAACUGGAGGGGUUGAAGAAGCUUCGACAUCCGAACAUUCGAGACUUCAUUGGCUUCCAGAUUUCUCGGCCAAUGAGCUCGCAAGAGAGCUUCUGGAAAGUCUCUGCAUUGGUCGAGUACUCAAACAAGGGGACUCUUUCCGAGUUUCUCGAUAUGGUGGGAACGGUGCCGGUCGAGAUGCUCCGCAGCUGGACCUUACAACUUCUGGAGGCACUCGAGUAUUACCAUCGAAGUGGAUUCGUUCAUGGAAACAUAAGUUGUGGACGCAUCUUGCUGUUCAGGAACCCCACCGGCGGAACUAUUGUGAAACUACAAGCUAGCAUCGAGGAAUCUUUGCCUGUUUCCACGGCGGGGAAACGUUCGCUGACUAUAUCCAAGUCGCCAUUCUGGGUGCCGCCGGAGUUGGCUCACGAGGGAGCUCCACCGACCAUGAAAACCGAUGUAUGGGACGUGGGAAUCGUCUUUCUGCAGAUGGGCUUUGGGAUGGAUGUUCUCCAGCGGUACACGUCGGCGAAUGCGAUGAUGGGCACGUUAGGUUUAACGGCCCCUCUUCAGGAUCUGCUACAUGAAUUUUUUCGACCUGACCCUAGGAAGCGACCCACAGCGUUCCAACUGCAACCGUCCGAGUUCUUCCGUGUUGAUUCACCAUUGAUUGCUCGAACAAGUGCGUCGAAUUCUAUUUCUCUCCCGAGGCGUCCACGUCUUGAUUCCCUUGGCGCACUGCCGGCGUUCUCACGCUAUAACCAAGACUUUGACGAAGCUGGACGACUGGGCAAGGGUGGAUUUGGCCAGGUUGUGAAGGCGCGGAAUAAGCUGGAUGGUCGUUUCUAUGCGGUGAAGAAAAUAUCCCAGAAGUCCACCACUGCCUUGAAAGAUACGCUGUCGGAAAUCAUGCUACUGUCCCGGCUUAAUCACCCGUACGUAGUACGCUACUAUACCGCGUGGAUUGAGGAAGACUAUGACUAUGUAGAUGAAGAAGCUCUUUCUUCGACGGAUAGCGAUGUCUUUGCUAGUCGAGACUCCGGUGCGUAUGACUACAGCACGGGAGGUCUGGACUUUAUCAGCUCCAGCGGAUACCCCAAAAUUCAAUUUGGUUCAGACAGUGAUGAGGACGACGAUGGCACGCUGUCCCACCGGAGGAAGGGAGAUACCCCCGAUACCUACGAGACAGAAAGUGGCACUGGCCGAGAACUGAGUCGGAUUGGGUCAGGUUCGCAGGGCAGACCGGUCCACACAACUCUCUACAUACAAAUGGAGUACUGUGAGAAACAUACUCUUCGCGAUUUGAUUCGAAAUGGUCUGUAUGACGACGUCGAUCGGUCAUGGCGUCUGUUCCGGCAAAUUCUCGACGGCCUCAGCCACAUUCAUGGUCACGGCAUUAUCCAUCGAGAUCUGAAACCGGACAACAUCUUCAUUGACGUAGCUAACAAUCCACGUAUUGGAGACUUUGGCCUGGCUACUAGCGGCCAAUUCACCACCGCGGUGCGCUCUUCAACAACCGCAGAUUUCGAAGGUGAUUUCACACGAAGUCUGGGCACAACCUACUACGUCGCACCGGAAAUGAAGUCUGGCCUCGCAGAAAAUUACAAUGAGAAAGUGGAUAUGUAUUCUCUAGGCGUAAUCUUCUUCGAGAUGUGCCACCCUCUUCCGACGGGUAUGGAACGCGACCAAACACUGCGGGCAAUAAGAGAGAAGAACCUUACGCUCCCAUCGACAUUCCAAUAUUCGGAGAAGAUACUUCAAGGUCGGAUUAUAAGGUCACUAUUGAAUCACGAUCCAAGUCAACGUCCUUCGGCUUCAGAUCUCCUGCGCAGUGGCCAGAUCCCUCUUCAAGUCGAAGAAGAGACGUUCAGAAGGGCCAUCAUGCACUUGUUAUCCGAUCCCAACUCUCCCGAUUACAAGAAGAUUCUCUCUGGAAUAUUCUCCCAGUCCCCAAAGAAAUACGAAGACAUUGCCUGGGAUAUGGACUCACGCGGGGCGCCUGCAGCACACGAGCUUCUGGUUCGAGGUCUGGUCAAAGAGCGAUUAACUUCGAUUUUUCGCCGGCACGGAGCGGUUGAGACCACGAGGCAAAUGCUGUUCCCAAGGUCUCAGCACUACCACAAUGGAGCCGUGAGGUUGCUGGACUCUUCCGGAAACCUGCUACAACUACCAUUUGAUCUGACCUUGCCGAAUGCACGUGCCAUACCCCGUCAAGAUCCUUCGCUGCAGAAGACAUAUGCUUUUGGCACGGUGUACAGAGAGACGCCUCAUGGAGGAGAGCCUAGAACUCACAAAGAAGUUGACUUUGAUAUCGUGUCGCAUAACACUUUGGAUUUGGCACUGAAGGAGGCAGAAGUGAUCAAAGUUCUGGAUGAGAUCAUCGAUGAAUUCCCACCGUUGCGGUCCUCUCCAAUGUGUUUUCUGGUCAACCACUCCGACUUACUCCAGCUUAUCAUGGAGUUUUGCCGUAUCACACCGUCUCAAAUCCCUCGUGUAAAGGAGGUUAUUAGCAGGCUCAACGUCGGUAAAUGGACGAUGCAGAAAAUCAGAAGCGAGCUUCGGUCGCCCUCCAUUGGUGUCGCUUCGACCUCACUGGAUGAUCUUGCCCGCUUCGACUUUCGAGACUCUCCCAAGCAAACACAGAAACGGCUGCGGGCAAUUAUGGAGGGCACUCGUUUUGCCGAGCGGUUGGCGCCGAUCUUCGCGCGUCUCAAUAUGUUGACUGCUUAUUUGCAGGGCUUCGACGUCAAACGCAAAGUGUAUGUGAAUCCUCUUGGAAGCUUGAAUGAUAAGUUUUUCCGAGGAAGUAUUCUGUUCCAAUGCGUCUUCGACAGCAAGCGGCGUGACGUCUUUGCUGCCGGCGGACGGUACGACUCUCUAGUCCAGGAGUUCCGUCCAAAGGUGCUGGCAAACCGCUCCCAGACUCAUGCUGUAGGAUUCAAUCUGAGCUGGGACCGCUUGAGCUCAGCGAUGCUUGAGUAUCUUGGUUCGGGAAUCACUGCAAAGACAGCCGUCAAGCAUCCCGAGACGGAGACUGGGGCAUUCUGGAAAACAAGAAGAUGCGACGUUCUUGUUGCCAGUUUUGAUCCUACUGUGCUACGUACGAUGGGAAUCAAGCUUGUGCAGGAUAUGUGGGCGAAUGAUAUCAGUGCCGAACUCGCGGUGGAUGCCUCCUCUUUGGAAGAACUUCUCAACAAGUACAAAGAGGACAGCCAUAGCUGGAUUGUUAUUGCUAAGCAAGACAGUCAGGAACGCGGCUUCAAAGUGAAAAGUUUCUCUCCCCGAGAAGAACUAGACAUUCGAAGCGCGGAGCUGGUGCCCUGGAUUCGCAACGAGAUGCGUGCGCGCAGUCAACGUGAAGGCACGGCAGAGCCGCAGCGACAGUCUCGGUUGCUAAGCCAGGCGGAAGCCAGUACAGUCAACGGUGACCGGGCCAGCGAUGUGCGUAUCUUGAUCCCACAGCACCGGAGCAAGAAGUCGAACCGCAGGAAUAUUGUCGAGUCUGCCUUGUUCCGGUCCCGCGAGGUAGUCGAAGAUGCUUUGCAUGGUCCUAUCGCCGCCAUCGACACCCGCGACGACCUGCUUGAAGCCAUCAGAAACACUCGACUUUCCGACCCUGAAAGUUGGCGGACGGUAAUCCAAAACGCCCCGCUGACCGAGCGCAAAUAUCUCAAUCAAGUGCAUGAAUUACUCUCUGACCUGGCCAAUGAGGCACAAACCGGCGAUGGUACGGAGCCGCUCUAUACCAAUGCUUUUAUUUACAAUUACCGCACGGGGUCGUGUAUUUAUUACGAUCUAGGAAGUGGCUGCUGAGACCACUAGGUGGAAUAAUUGUCUGACGUCAGCGUGUUCGCUGAGUUUUAUCUAUUGUUUUGUGCGACGAUGCAGUCUACCAAGCCAGAUAAUUCUCCACAUUGUCUUAUUUCUAUUUCUAGCAUGCCGAAAUAUACCCAAUUU